AUGUCAUCGAGGAAGAGGAAAGCUGUAGACGCAUUCCAGACAGGGAGUCCCAGAACCCCAUCUGCCACACUUUCGUGUAACACGAGCGACGAUGCAGAAACAUCGAAUAGGCUGCCUAUUACAAAUGGUAACCGAAGCAGCACCAAGCCGUCUUUGAGAGAAAAGGCGCAAGUACUUCGAGAGACACGCCAAAAACUUCCAAUAUGGCCUCACGCAGACGAGAUUCGGAAGAAAGUAAGCGAGCACGACGUGCUUCUUCUUGUCGGUGAAACUGGUUCCGGAAAAUCUACCCAGAUACCACAAUUCCUGUAUAAUGAGAAAUGGUGUCGACCUCAACAUAUCGGCGAACGCCAGCAGCGUAUGGGUGGUCGCAUCGCCAUCUUGCAGCCACGCCGAGUGGCAGCUAUAUCUCUUGCGAACCGUGUCGCUUCUGAAAUUGGCACGCCAUUGGGAACAGCUAGCCCUGCUAGUCAAGUUGGUUACUCUGUGCGUUUUGACAACAAUGUGUCUGCGUCAACGCGAAUAAAGUUCUUGACAGAUGGUAUGCUACUGCAGGAGUUACUGCGCGAUCAUUGGUUGAAGGAGUAUAGCUGUGUGAUCGUGGACGAAGUGCAUGAACGAGGUGUCAACGUCGACUUAGUACUAGGCUUCCUUAAGCAGAUACUGGAUGCUCACAAAUCAGGAAAGCAGGAUGGCAGACAAGGUGUGCCGCUGAAGGUUAUCGUUAUGAGUGCUACGGCUGAAAUGGAAGGCAUUGAGAAAUUCUUCCUCGACACACCCGAGUUGCAGCAAGCAGCAAAUGGUGACCAGACCCCUGAAGCCGAUGAGGACGACUUUGCCGGCUUCUCUGACGACGAAAAGCUAGUAAACAACACGGAUCAGCAAGCUAAACACACUAUUAGUGUAGCAAGCUGCCACAUCAAAGGUCGCCAGUACCCUGUAACCCUAUCCUACGUGCCCCAGCCUGUUAUUAACCUCCUAGACACAACAAUGGACAAGAUCACCUACAUCCACCAGCACACGCCACUGCCUGCCGAUAUCCUGGUCUUUCUCUCAGGACAAGAAAUGAUCGAGAAUCUCGAAUCUCUCUGCAACAUUUACGCCACAACUCUCGUCGAUAAGGAAAAGCAACAGAAGCAGAAAUUGCCAGCCUUACAAGCACUUCCCCUCUUCGCGAGUCUACCGAACCACUUACAGGCUCGAGUCUUCCAGCCAGCUUCUGCUUUCACACGCCGCGUUAUCCUAUCUACAAAUAUAGCUGAAACUUCAGUCACAGUACCCAAUGUCAGGCACAUUAUCGACACAGGAAAACACAAGGCUCGUCUCUUUAGACCUGGUCUUAACCUUGAUACGUUGCUAAGUACUCCUAUCAGCCAAUCUAUGGCACGUCAGCGUGCUGGUCGUGCUGGUCGAGAAGCUCCUGGUACUUGCCAUCGUCUGUAUACUGAAAAGGAUUUUUGGAGCCUCGAGAAAGAUACAAAGCCUGAGAUUCUGAGCACGGACUUGAGCUUUCUUGUGUUGACAUUGAAGGCUCAUGGUGUGGCAGAUGUGCUUGGGUUUCCGUUGCUAACCAAGCCACCACGACGAAGCCUGGAGGCUGCUUUGGAGGGCUUACUGAACCUGGGCGCGCUUGACGGGGAGACUGGUGAUAUCACGGAGAUCGGCAGGAAGAUGGCUACAUUGCCUGUGCGCCCAGAUCUAGCAAGAUGUCUGUUGGAGGGCAGUAAACAUGGCCAGGACGUUAUGGAUACAGUAAUCGAUGUUGUGGCUGCCUUAUCACUAGAAGAGGGCAUUUUCCUACCUGUACGCAACGGUCAGACAGGAAAACAGAGCAUGAAAAAGAUGGGAGCAAAAGAGCUACUGCUUGGUGAGAGAAACGGUCUCAAUGGACAUACCAAUGGUGAAUCUGCCGCCUUACACGACGAUGCUGAACACCCCGACUCAGACGAAGACAUCUCAAACCCAGUCGAAACUGCUCGCCGCCAGCUUCUAAGCCGACACUCCGACCACCUCACUCUCGCUAACGCGAUCUCUGCAUACAGCUCACCCAACACAUCCGACCGUCGAGCCUGGUGUGAUGCCCACGGAAUCUCUCACCGAGCAAUGUCGCGCAUCAUGGAUGUUCGAAAACAGUUACGACAGAUGAUGAGUAACCUCAAAUAUCGGCUGGUACCGUCCAGCAGCAACAACCCCGAUGGAAACAUCGGAGCAAACGGCACACUAGCUGACCUAGUCAAGAAAGAACUCGUUCUCAAAUGUCUAGUAGCUGGCUUGUGGCCCAAUGUGGCUGUACUCUCCUCACUGGCACCGAGUCAAGCUGGCCAGGUGAAGCAGAACCCGAAUCAGCGAGCACCAUAUACAACUUUAUUGACGAAUCAGCCGAUACACAUCCAUCCGAGCUCUGUGCUGUUCACGCAUCGUGGUGGUGGUGGUGGUGCGAAGAAGGACAAGGAGGAUGAAAAUGAUAAGAUGAACAGGAAAAGUAGUGGUGUUGGUGCGAGCACGAUGCCCAGGACUAUCAUUUUCACAGAUCUGAUCUAUACGUCUAAGCCGUAUGCGAGGAAUGUUAGUGCAGUGGAAUUGAAUUGGGUGGCUGAGCUGGGGAGGUUGAGUUGA